AUGGACGAUGUCGACCUCGGCACCACCCUUCGCGUGACCAUCGCAUCGCCGUCUGCGGUGUGCCGUCCAUCGGUUGCCCUAGGUCCUUGUAUAGAUCAUCGUGGCAUCGUGACUGAAUUUUCCUCAUCUGAUUCUUCAGUGGUUUCAGAUGAUGAUUGCGAGGUGAAAACGGCCUGGCGCCCUACAGCGCCAGAUCCCGGCGUAUGGAGUUUGUACAGGGCCGGGGGCAUGCACCGAAGACCGGAGAGUCCCAAUGAUCAAAAAGGUUCCGGGGUGGAUUUCAUCGCACAGCUGGGAGACUUUGUGGAUGGAUGCAAUCAAGAUCUCCCCGGAGGUGGAAGAAAAGCUCUGCAGGAACUGCUGGGACCUGUUGACCAGGGCCCACCAGUUUUGCAUCUCAUUGGAAACCAUGAGCUGUACAACUUUGCUCGCAAGGAGAUGGAAGAUGGGAUACCUCUUCCUGGUCUGAAGGUUCCUUUCAGGACAUCUGCACCACCUGCACUUGAUGCUGAGGCGCCAAGCAAGACGAGCUCAUACUACAGUUUUUCCCCUGCAGAUGGUUGGAGAGUCUGCGUGCUGGAUCCAUACGAGAUCAGCAUCAUGAGCCAUGGUGGUGGCCGGCCAGGGGUGGAUGAGGUCACCUUGGAGCCUGGUGCAGUGUCAUGGUGCCAGGAGAACAAUCCCAAUGACAUCACCAAGGAGGAUUUUGCUCGAGGGAUUCCUCCUGGAGAGGCGAGACGAUGGGUUCCCUUAAACGGAGCCGUAAGCGAACAGCAGCUUAUCUGGUUGGAGGAGACGCUGGAGCUUGCCUCGAAGAAGAACGAGGAGACCAUCAUUCUAAGCCAUGUGGUGCUGUUGCCUGAAGCCACACCAGGUCAAAAUGGUUUGACCCUUUUGUGGAACUAUGACAAGGUUCUUCAAGUACUUCGAAGCGCCGAAAGACCGCCAACAGCGGUCCUGUGUGGACAUGCACAUUUGAUGGUGAACUCCAGGGACCAGGUCAGUGGAACUCACCAUGUGACCUUGCCGACUCCUGUGGAGGCUAAUCCUGGCUCAGAUGCUUGCGCCGUCGUUGAGGCAUUUAGCAAUGGCCUCUUGAAAAUACGAGGACGUGGAGAUGUCUUGAGUUCUACCUUGGCAUGUUCCACACAUGCCACUUGUACAUAG